AUGUAUGUGAAAUGGUUUGAUACAGUAACGUUUUACUAUGUGAUUUUAGUGUAUUUAGUGAAUGUCACUUUUACAAUUUUCAAAUUUCCCGCCGUUCCGUCCCCGUAUGUCCCGACGUCGCAGGGAACGGAACCCAGAAGACGGAUGCCGGCAUCGGCCGGAGUACAUUGCCGAGGACACUGCAGGAGGGACAUCGCGGGAGCGCAGGACAAGGUAAGUGAUCGAGGGAUCCCGGAGCAGCGCCGCAUGGUAAGCCCGAGUGUAGCUCGGGGUUGCCGCUUGUGGUACUGAAACUUUACCCCGAGCUACACUCGGGAAUACCACCAGGGAGGCUACGAUGUUUUUUAGUGCA